UAACAACCCCCCACACAUGUGACUAAACUUCAUGAUCAAAAACGUCGACGAAUUCUUCGAGCAGCAAGUGACAUUCAUUCACAAAGUGACCGCCCUGCGCCCGAAGAAGUAGAAUAGUAUUAUUCAUUUUGACAAGACGGAAGGAAAACUCAUCCAUAUAAUCUCUACGUACAUGCUCUAGACUAGAGUCUAGUUUAGAAGAAGUUUGCUACCACCUGGGUGUCUUUCACUAUUUAACAAUGGCUGGCAAUUUCCCAAGAAUAGUGUUGAUGUCUUGGAUGGUUCAUCUCCUACUCUUAGUCCUCCAGGGAUGUGAUCAAGUUGAAGCUGUUUACAAUCAAGAUGAAGUCGAAUGCAAAAGAAAAACUAUCAAAUACGCAACCUCCUUUGUUUGUGAGUGUUCAGCCACAUACUGCGAUACAGUACAGUCAGUUGAUAACAUCAAAGCCGGCACGUUUGCCAUGAUCACCAGCAGUCAGGCAGACCAUCGAUUUUCUAAGAGCCAACAUUUAAUGGCAAAGAAAUCUAAUCUUACAGACAUGUCUCAACUUUUGAAGAUAAAUUCCUCGGUGGAGUACCAGACGAUUCUUGGCUUUGGAGGAGCAUUCACGGACUCGGCGACUAUCAAUAUUAUGAACCUCUCUAGUAAAGCACAGGACAACCUGCUCAAAUCUUACUACUCUACAGAUGGCAUUGAGUAUACAAUUGGUCGGAUACCCAUGGCAAGUUGUGACUUCUCGCUCAAGGAGUACUCCUACGACGAUGUGUCAAAUGACUUUGAUCUUGAACAUUUCUCUCUAGUAACUGAAGAUAUCAAAUUCAAGAUUCCAAUCAUCCAGAGAUCUCUGGCAAUGUCCAAGAAGGUAGUGAAGUUAUUUGCCUCACCGUGGUCGGCUCCGGCGUGGAUGAAAACAAGCAAUGAAAUGAGCGGCAGAGGUCAGCUGCUCGGUCAAGCUGGUGACAAAUAUCAUCAGACGUGGGCCAACUACUUCGUCAAAUUUCUCGAUGCCUACAAGUUGAAUAACCUGACAAUGUGGGGGCUGACCAUAGAGAACGAACCCUCGGCCGGUGCAACCGACAAUGCAUGGCAGGCUAUGUAUCUCAGUGCUGAGAUGGAACGAGACUUUAUCAAGAAGGAUCUUGGCCCUGCGUUGCAUCAAGCAGGUUAUGCUGAUGUUAAAUUGAUGGUACUGGACGAUCAGAGGCUGUUUCUGCCGAGUUACGUUCAGACGAUUUUAUCCGAUGCCGAGGCAGCGAAAUACAUCUCCGGGACCGGAGUUCACUGGUAUGCAGAUUUCUUCUUUGACUCUCCGUCCGUCAUGACCGACACUCAUAACUUGUUUCCGGACAAAUUUAUACUUUCAACCGAGGCUUGCAACGGUUACCUUCCAGACUCGCCUGCCGUGGUCCUCGGGAGCUGGGAGCGUGGGGAAGAGUACAGCCACGAUAUCAUGCAGGAUUUAAGUAACUGGGUAACGGGCUGGACAGAUUGGAACCUUGCCCUGAAUCUUCAAGGAGGUCCUAACUGGGCUAAGAACGAGGUUGACAGCCCCAUUAUCAUUGAUGCAGAGAAAGACGUCUUCUACAAACAACCGAUGUUUUAUCAUCUUGGUCAUUUUAGUAAAUUCAUUCCACCGGGCUCUAAACGUAUUCAGAUGACAGCCACAGGGAUGGACUCCCUUGAGAAACUUGCCUUCAAACUUCCAGACGGAAAAACCAUUGCAGUGGUCGUUUUGAACAGGUUGGACGAGACCAAGCCACUCAGCAUCUAUAACCCAGCUAGUGGAUACAUCAAUGCUUUGGUCGCCGGCCGCUCUAUCAACACUUAUUUAUUCUCAUAAAGGAUAGUGAUCAGAAUCCUCGACUGUGCUUCAAAUCAGACAUACGUCUUUAAAGUGACACUCUAUGCAGACUAAAUACUUUAAACAGUUUAAAUGGACAGUUUUAGAAGUGGUGAAUGCGUCAGAGUUUAAAGUGACUGUCUGCAGACUGAACACUGCAAAACCUAAAAUGACGCUCCCUGUUUUGAAAACUGAGCACGUUAUUACUUUAAAGGAACUUUGUUAUGAGUGGUUGUAAGGAAGACUGCAUCAGAGUUUAAAGUGAAUGCGUCUAAAGUUUUAAGUGACACUCUUUAUUUUGAAAACUGAAUGCACAAAUUUGAAGUGAGGCUAAGAGGUGGAUUGUAAAAAGAAACGAUUGAAAGUUUAAAAAUAAUUCUUUAUCAGAUGGGAUUUAUAAAAUCCAGAAAGCUGAACACUCCAGUGAUUUGAAGGCAAAACCUUUUAGACAGUUUGUGCUGUGAUACGGUCCAUGGUGUUUGUACACCCGAUGCAAAGCGCAGAGAGCCAUUUGCCGCUGAGGGUGUACACAAUUCUCUGGACCCCAUCAGACAUUGUUUUGCAAUUGUUUUUGUUAUACUACGAUAGUAGAUUGGAGCUGAUUUUGGCCCAAUACCAUGGUGCUGCUUAACGCCGAAUUCUGCGUUUGGGAUCACUAUUCUUUGCUCACAGGGCAAGUGCUGAUUUUCUCCACUAGUAGUGUAAGCGCAGAAUGCCUAGUUCUGGACCAAUCAAAUUCACCAUUCUUCGCUUACAGGGCAAACGUUGAUUUUUUGCACUAGCUGUGUAAGCACAGAAUGCCUAGUUCUCGACCAAUAAAAUUCACAAUCUAUUACCGUGGUAUAAAAAGAUUUCUGCAUAUUUUUGCUGAUGAUGACCACCGGAGAGAAUCUGCUCUAAUAAGAUUGAAACUUCGUUCUUGAAGGGGCACAGCAAUAUACUCUGGUAAUGGGGCACUUUCUAAGAGGAAAAUGUAAAUUUGUAUUGGAACUUUGCAAAAGCAUAGGGCACCACGGCAAUUGCCGUGGGUGCAGUGGGUAAUUUGGAGGACAGGAUUUUAUAAACGUACUAUAUCAGUAUUAAUAAUAUCAAGGCCAACAAUUGCAACUGUUGCAUUUGUAAAUACAUUGUAGAGAUGUUAUCUAGUCUUUUGAAGUAAGCCUUCAUUCAAAUCUUGAGUCAAGUCAUUACAGGAUUGGUAACGAUUAAAACAAAUUGUUUAACGUUAGUCUGAUAGGUUACUGAUUAUGAAGCUCAAAUAAGAUUAUCUAUUGUGCUGCAGUUUUUAAAGCAUUGCUUUUAUGCUCCUCAUGCAGUUGGAAAAAUGAAAGAAAAAAUCCAACAAAAAUUCAAGUAAUUUGUUUGUUACAUUGCCUGCUUGGAAAGCAAUAUUUUGUAAACUCAAAAUAGCAGUACAUUCUAUGUGUUGGAUACUUUUAUAGCAAUAUUUAUAACAUCAUUGUUGAUUUAUUUUUUAAGAGAACGUGAUACUUCAUAUGGUGACCACAAAAGACCAUCUCUUGGCAACUGUCUCUUUAGUCUGAGGAAUUCAAAUGUAAGCAGUAACUUGUGACUGAGCAAGUCAUUGUACAAGACUUUAUUCAAAUCUAACGCACAAAAUUAAUGGGUUAUUUAUUGGCAGCUCAGUUACGGCUAUGACUGUUGCUAAGGAUGUACUAUACCAGUCAUUCUAGCCGUAGCCGUACCUUAAGCAGGGAGGAUAAUGGCUACUAAGGCCAAGAUAUCUGCCAUGGCUACAGAGGAUUCUGUUACAGACGAUGGGAUUUUUAAAUAGGUACAUCCUUUAGACUGUGUAGGAAUCUGUGAAUCAUGUACAUAUAAUAUCAAGUAACCAAAGUUACCUACAUAAAAUGUGUAUUUUCAAUGUAAAUAUGGCGUUGUAGUAUUGUACAUUGAUGAUUGCACAAAAUGAAAUUAAGAUUGAAAUUGUGUGCGGCCUUUUAUUAUCUUAAAACUUAUAAAACCUCAUACAGUAUGAAAAUGUCACUGAAAUUAUUAUGAUAAAUGUUUGAUAUUUUGUAAUUUUAUCAGGACUGAUUAUUAAAAUGAGUUUUCCAGCUUAAA